AUGGGCAGCCCCCGCUCGGCGCUGAGCUGCCUGCUGUUGCACUUGCUGGUUCUCUGCCUCCAAGCCCAGGAAGGCCCGGGCGGGGGGCCUGCGCUGGGCAGGGAGCUCGCUUCCCUGUUCCGAGCUGGCCGGGAGUCCCAGGGUGUUUCCCAACAGGUAACUGUUCAGUCCUCACCUAAUUUUACACAGCAUGUGAGGGAGCAGAGCCUGGUGACAGAUCAGCUCAGCCGCCGUCUCAUCCGGACCUACCAACUCUACAGCCGAACCAGCGGGAAGCACGUGCAGGUCCUGGCCAACAAGCGCAUCAACGCCAUGGCAGAAGACGGGGACCCGUUCGCAAAGCUCAUUGUGGAGACAGACACCUUCGGGAGCCGGGUUCGAGUACGAGGAGCUGAGACAGGCCUCUACAUCUGCAUGAACAAGAAGGGGAAAUUGAUUGCCAAGAGCAACGGCAAAGGCAAGGAUUGCGUGUUCACGGAGAUUGUGCUGGAGAACAAUUACACGGCCCUGCAGAACGCCAAGUACGAGGGCUGGUACAUGGCCUUCACGCGCAAGGGUCGACCCCGCAAGGGCUCCAAGACCCGGCAGCACCAGCGCGAAGUCCACUUCAUGAAGCGGCUGCCCCGCGGCCACCACACCACCGAGCAGAGCCUGCGCUUCGAGUUCCUCAACUACCCGCCUUUCACGCGCAGCCUGCGCGGCAGCCAGAGGACUUGGGCCCCCGAGCCCCGAUAG